AUGUCUGAGAACGGGCCGCCGUCUCCGCGGUCGUCAGGGAAGCACCCCUUCUACCGCGGCAUCCGGAGCCGGAGCGGCAAGUGGGUGUCGGAGAUCCGGGAGCCGCGGAAGGCUCGCCGCAUCUGGCUCGGGACGUUCCCGACGGCCGAGAUGGCCGCCGUGGCCUACGACGUGGCCGCGCGAGCGCUGCGUGGGCCGGACGCCGCGCUCAACUUCCCCGAUCUGGCCGCCUCGCGCACCGCGCCCGCGUCCAGCUCCGCGGACGACAUCCGCGCCGCCGCGGCCGCCGCGGCUGCCUCGCUGCAGCAUGACCGCCAGCUGCCCGGUCGCGCCGGCGGCGGCAUUUCCCCCGCUGCCUCCGGAUCAGCGCACCAGCACCGCGGAGGGAGCAGUAGUAGUGCCGCCGCACCGGCGGGCAGCGGGGCGCAGCAGGAAGGCAGAAGCGGCGCCGGAAGUCACCAUUAUUUCCUGGACGAGGAGGCUCUCUUCGAGACGCCGCAGUUCCUGCGGAACAUGGCUGCCGGGAUGAUGAUGAGCCCCCCGAGGCUCAGCCCCAGCUCCUCCGACGACUCGCCGGACCCGUCGGAGGCCGGUGGCAGCAGCCUCUGGAGUUAUCGUGAUCCCUAAAGAACAAUCUCUCCAUGCAUGGUAAUUAAUGGCUGGCGAUGAACAAAUGAAGGUAAUAAUAUUAAUUACGCGCUCAAUGCAUGGAGAUGAAACCAAAAUACUGCCGCCGUCAUACCUACAGUACUACCAAGUAUUGAUAGAAUCGAUCUUGGUACCACUAAAUAUUGAUAGAAUCGAGCUUGCAUAUGAUGCUGGAAUAAUGUGGAGAGACAAUCGAGGAGGUACAAACUACAAAAUUGAAACUGGUGUGAGCCCCUUUUUUCCUCAUGCAUGCCGGAUGUGUGGUGUUGUUAAGAUAGCUGCAUCCUCAUCUGCGAAUGCAUGCCUACCUAUAUAUCUCUUGUUUCUCCACUCUUUUCCCCCGGGCUCUCGCUUCUUUCUGGAGUGUUUUGCCUUGAUGAAGCCGGCCUGAAGGGAAGGGUUUCACCUGGCUGGGGCUCUCUGAAUCAUCGGCGAUUGCAGUAUAUAUAAACAGUACUGCAGGUGGAAAUCUAGUACUUUCUAGAAAUGCCAGGUGACCAUGAGAAGCCUAUACUGUGCCACUGUAUAUGCAUAUUAUAUUGGGCUUGUGUGCGUUUCUACUGCAUGUGCGACAUAAUGUUUUUGGGGUGGAUUAGCAUUAAGAUGUGAGCGCAGCGCAUCGCUCCACCUUACCUUUUUCUAAGUACUCAUUUGGCUAGCUCAUUGCUUAUAGUGAAAUGAAGUGACUUAUGUGUGGACUUUCGCCUUUGGGUAGCUGGGCUUAGUCGUUGAAAAAAAUGAAAAGACCAACGACUUUAGGUGGUUAUAGCUCGAUACUACUUGAACCAAUAAGAUUUGGCUGUGUCAGAGUGUUGAAUUGUUGUAGACUCCACCGUCGUCUACCAGUACUGCUUCUAAUAAUCAAAUUCCAUGUGUACAUAUAA